AUGCCCGCCGAAUCACCAGCAACACCUACCCGACCCCCGGUGCCCUCCCUGGCCGUCUCCCCCACCAGCCCCGUCUAUGACAGCGCCGCUCAAGACCCCUCGCAGGACCCCGUUGUACAUAUCCCGCUAUGGGUUGGCGUCCUCGUCCGGAUCGUACUGUUCUUUUAUGUCGGCGCAAGCGGGUUUUUUCAGGAGAGGGUGGAGACUACUACGCCUGUGAAUGGGUGGAAGCGAUUCAAGGAAGGACUGUAUCUUUACCAACAUGGCAUCCCCCCGUACGAAGGCGGCGUCUUCCAUCAGGCCCCGCUCCUCCUCCCCGUGUUCACCUACCUCCCGCCCAUCCUCGUCCCCAUACUCUUCAUAUCCCUCGACUACGCGAUCGCCCGCUGCCUCGUGGCCAUCGCGGCACAUAAGCGCAAUCUGCACAGCAGUGACCCCACCAAACCCGUCGACGUGCUCAUAAACCCCACCGACGUCGGAUCCAUGUACCUCCUUAACCCGCUCAGCGUGAUCACAUGCCUGUCGCAGUCGACACUGUUAUUCAUGUUCUUGGCGAUUGUGGUCGCGCUGCGGCAGGCGAUUGAAGGGAACAGGAAGACGGCGGUGGCGGGCGUGGCCGUCGCCGCGUAUUUGGGGCUGUAUCCGGUCAUGAUGGUUGUGCCCGUGACGUUGCUUUUGGUGGGGGCCAAGACGAAGGCGGUACUGUAUGCUGUGUUUGGACAUGCAUUACCCCUCCUCGUCCUCUACACCAGCGCCCUACUAGGCCUGUCGUACCUGCUCGUCGGCACGUGGGACUUUCUCAACGCUACUUACGGGGUCAUUCUCUUCGUCCCAGACCUAACACCCAACAUCGGCCUCUUCUGGUACUUCUUCACCGAGAUGUUUGACUCGUUCCGCACAUUCUUCCUGUGCGUGUUUCAGAUCAUGGCGUUUGCGUUCGUUAUCCCCAUUGGGCUUGUUCUCAGGGACCACCCCCUCUUCAUCGCAUACGUGUACACCGGCAUCAUGGCCGUUUUCAAAUCGUACCCGACUGUAGGCGACACGGCCCUCUUCCUCGCCUUCUUUAGCAUGCAUCGGGAGGUUCAUAAAUACAUGCGCCACCUCUACAUAACAGCAACAGCCCUCUUCAUCGCCCUCCUGCUCGGCCCUUUAUUCCACCACCUGUGGAUCUACGCCGGCAGCGGCAACGCCAACUUUUUCUAUGCGAUCACGUUGGUGUUUAAUCUCGCCGUUGUGGUGUGUUUAACGGACUCGGUGGGGGCGCUUGGGAUAAGGGAGUGGGAGAGGACACACGGGGAGGGGAGGCGGGGGAGGUGGGUGCUUGUUCAUAAAUAG